AGCCGCCCACUCUCCAGGCCGCUCCCGCGCCCGCCGCGCUUCGGCCGCGCGCUGCGUGUGCGUGUGCGUCUGCCCCUGUGCGUGCGCGUGCGUGCGCGGAGGGCUGCUUCGGGCGUUCGGGAAUCUCGUCUGCUCCCGACGUCUUCGCCUCCCCCUCCUCUCUGGGAGUCCACUCUCCCUGCUCUCCCGUGUCCUAGCGCGCCUCCCGGUCCUCUCGGGCCCGCCUCCUCCAUCUGCCCCUCGCCACUUGCUCUGCAGCCAUGCUCUGCGGGGGCUCGGCGCGCUUCCUAGCCCUCGCUUUCACCUCGGCGCUCCUGCUGCACGGAGAUUCUGAAGCUCUUGGUUUUGACUUGAGUGAUGCCUUGGAUGAUAAAAACGAUGGAUCCAGUGGUGGUGGAGGCAGGCCCAAUCUAAAAUCUGGUGAAAGGGUUGCCAAAGAUUUAAGAUCUGACUCCUUGUAUGAGCGAAUUGAACGAUUUAAACGUGGAAGUGGCAAGCCCAAUCAAAAUCCUAAGCCAGAUUCUGGAGGUCUUGGUUUUGACUUGAGUGAUGCCUUAGAUCAUCAGACAACCACUAAACGUCCUCUAAAGAAAACAGAUUCUGGAGGUCUUGGUUUUGACUUGAGUGAUGCCUUAGAUCAUCAGACAACCACUAAACGUCCUCUAAAGAAAACAGAUUCUGAAGCUCUUGGUUUUGACUUGAGUGAUGCCUUGGAUGAUAAAAAUGAUGGAUCCAAUGGUGGUGGAGGCAGGCCCAAUCUAAAACCUGGUGAAAGAAUAGUGGAUAAGGAUCUACAAGAUAUUCUAGAUGAUGGCUACAAACCCGAUAAGGGCAAAGGGGAUGGCAGGUAUGAUAGCAGUGAUGACCCUGGAACUGGAACGAUAACAGAAACUGGGACAAUUGCCGGCAUAGCCAGUGCCCUUGCGAUGGCACUCAUUGGAGCAGUCUCCAGUUAUAUUUCUUAUCAACAAAAGAAAUUUUGCUUUAACAUUCAACAGGGUGUCAAUACAGACUACGUCAAAGGACAAAGCCUGGAAGGUGUGAGCACUGAAGAACCUCAAGUUAAAUAUUCAGCAUUGCAAACCCAAUCUGCAGAGAAACCUUCCCAAGAGACUCCAAAGAUCUAAGUCCACAGCACAAAUACACAUUUCAAAUGCUUGUAAUCUUGUUUAUUUAAUUUGGGUUGUAAGCAGUUCUCCAACUCUGUGGAAUAAUAGGCUUCUUAUUGGCAUAAGUUUUUUUUUGGGUGGGGAGGAUUUGAUUAUGUUGAGCUGAAAAAACUUAGUGGUAAUAAAUGUAAAAGUGAUUGGGGUUGCAAAAGUGCAAAUUGCUCAGCCCUGCUGUGAGCUAAGUGGCCCAGCCCUGCAUGGAUUAGAAGUGUGGAAGGUGAAGGUUAUGAAAAUCCAGGAGAAGAUUUUUUCUAGCUCCUAGGGCCCACUUGCUCACUUGUACUGAGAGACAGUAAGUCCAGGCCUGUGCUUCUCUAGUGCAGCUGGCAAAUUGAAAUAAGGUAAGGACCUUAGGUAGCAAUAGAACAAGGGGAAAAAACCAGAAACUAAGCAUGAGAAAGGGGUGUGAAUGAGCACUGAGCUCACUGGGUAGAGCUAGAACAGUCCUAGUACUAGAUCUCUAUUUCAGGGGAGCCAAACCUGGGCUUUUUUCCCAUGAGACUUUGACUGAGGGGGUAAGUAGGCUUUAAGUAGACCACCUGACCUCUCCUCAGCUUUCUCAGUGGGAAGUGAAGGCAUUUUUUCCUUUCCCACUGUAGAAAAAUCACUUAUAGAGAAGUGUCUGUAGCAUUAAUUAUUUAUUUACUUAGUUAUAGCUUGUGAUGGAGAUAAAUAACAUUACCUGUUAGUAUAUGUCUGUAAAAGAGCAUGACUGGCAACACACAAUAAGACAGUGUGGUCUAGUGGAUAGAGAAAGCACCAUGGAUUUAAUUUGGAGAACAUAUCCUUAAUCCUACAAAAACUAACUAGCAGAAAUGGCUUUCUUGGCCAUCACUUAGCAAACUGAAUGCAUUAGUGUAACAUUGUAGUUAAAAAAUCAGUCCUAGGUCAUGAGCACAUGUCCAAGGGGCAGGAUGCAAAAAUCUGUUUCUCAAGUUGAAAGAAAUUUGAUGCUCUCACUGGCCUCAGGCUAAUUGGGGUUCAUGCCCACUGGGCCUCUCUGUGACUUGGGGGAAGGGGCAGUUUCCUCCUUUACACUAUGAGAGAUUUGAAACAAUCACUAAGGGUUCUUUGCCACUCAGUAUCUGAGACCUAUUCAGAAUAGGAACAAGAUAGCUUAAAAUUGAACCAUUAAGAGCUAUUUUAGAAGUCAAGAUUAAAAAACAAUUUCUUAGUACAAACAGAAUUAAUUCUAUUUGCAUUGAACCUCUCAACAGCAUCCUAGCCCUACUUACCUGGAUUGGCAUAUCCACAGUUCCUACAGAAAUCAUGACCACUCUGUGUUCCUGUAAAUAUUUUUAAACUAGUCUAACCACAAUACUCUCAUAUGAGAAAUGUCUUGUGAAACUUUUUGGAAGUACUUUCUUAGCUUUAAAGCUGUGUUCAAAGAUACUGUGUUAAUAAACACUAAGAAACAAGUUAUGAAGAAA